AUGGAUUUAUUGCAGUCAGUAGACCCCACCUCGGGUCAGCAAGGCGAUCCCUUCCGGCCCUCCUUCUUCGAAUUGAUAGCUCAAGAUCAGCUCAGGGAUCUACUCAAACCAGCUCUCAGGUAUGUCCUGGCAGUCCUUGCGCAGAGAAAUCCCAGGUACUUGAUAAGGGUCGCCAACCGCUUCGAUGAGGUGUAUGCGCUCGCCAUGUUCGCUGUGGAACGGCAUUACCUGACCACGUGGGGUGAGUUGAGAAAGUAAUCGGCGAUGGAUGGCUGUGUCGUCCAGUGUCAGUACAUCGCUAACCGCUGCUGACCCCUCCUCUCCUCUGUCAGGCUCUUCGUUCGCCGAAAACUUCUACGGCUUGCGCAGAAGGAGGAGACCAGGUCUGUCAUCUUCUCGCAGCAAAGCUUUCAGCACAGGUAGUACGCGCACUUCCCUGGCACGCUACGAAAAGCUCAGGUCGAGGGAGAUCAAUCUGAGUCUGUUCUUGCUAGUGGGCGCACCGUGGAUCAAAUCAAAGCUGCAUGACUACUGGGAAAGUAUCGGAGGUGGCGCUCCCGAAGGCGGGCUGUUCGAUGAUGAGGAUGAGCAAGGAGAAAGCGGUGGCGCCGCCAGACGGUUUGCUGGAUUAGUGAGUCGAAUACAUGCGCCUCUCGAUGCAGCGCGCGGCAGUCCAUGCCCGCGUUCCUUUCCUGAUACUUUCACUUCGCCCAAAACGCUCAGGCACAAACGAGCCGUACAGAACAAUUGAGAGAAUUGUUUCGCAAGUGCUUCAGAAGUGGCUAUCCUUACGUCGGAGCAGGGUAUCAGCUUUGGCUCUUAUCGUACAACGUGGCCUACCUGUUCGACAGGACACCAUACUGGAGGCCCUGGUUGCAAGCGAUGCGUGUUGACGUCCGGAGAGUCAGCGCAGAGGACUAUGUGAGCUCGAUGUGCUGUUUGAGCCUGUGCCGCCCGUUGGGCUUGCUGACGUUGCUUAUCAUCUUCACGUUCCAUCCACCUGGCGCAGCCUGCUUCCCCACCCCUGCUACCGCCGGAUAUGCCAAACCCGCUACGAUCACCCAUCUCAUUCGCUUUAGCCUUGUUGCGCGCGUCACCUUUCAUCUUUUUUGAAGCGCUCAAGUAUGCUCUCCCCGCUUCCAUCUUCUUCUUCAAAUUCCUCGAGUGGUGGUACUCGGCGGACAAUCCACGUCGGAGACGAGGCGGCUCGCGAGGAGGAGGAGGAGGAGCCGCCAAUGGGGGGCCAGCGGGAGCAGAUGGAGACUUACCGUUGUUCCCUGGCCCGAAGCCUCUCUUGCCACACCCUCAAGGCUGUCUGUACAAACGCGACCCAGCGUUCAAGCAGCCCCUUAUCUCCACCACCCGAGCGGCACCUACACGCAAGGUCGACAAGGACGGUCGGGCGGUUCUCAAAGAGACCAAGGAUGUCCUGCUGCACAACGCCUGCCCUCUUUGUGGAAGCACGCCCAUCAACAAUCCCUGCGUGCUGCCCACCGGCUACGCCCUCUGCUACACCUGCGCUCAUGGCUAUGUCGAUGAGCACUCAAGAUGUCCCGUCACUCUCGUCGAGAUUUCUGGCGGCACGGCUGAUCUCAGGAGGGUCCUCGGCUGA